AUGUCCGCCCUGUUCAAUUUUCAGUCUCUCCUCCUGGUGAUACUUCUCCUCAUUUGCACGUGCACAUACGUCCGUGCCCUCUUCCCGAGUUUGAUUGACCGCAACAAGACCGGUUUUCUUGGCCUAUUCUUCAUGUCUGCUCGCAUUGGCGAAAGACUCUCUCCAUACGUGUCCCUCGCGUGUCUGAUCAUGGCUGCGACGAUGCUCAUUCAAUAG